AGUACUGAACGUACACGGAUCCUCUGGUCUGCUUUGUCUCAAUACUCGAGGCUAUACGGCUCUUGCAUAUCUAAUUCUGUCGGCAACACCUUCUCCAUGAACCUCGACAUCUCGUCCCACCGCGUCCAAUUAGCACUGGCAGCGCUGGGUGCGUCAGUUGCCACUGCCGGGCUCUUGACCGCCUACCAGCAACACAGCAGACACCAGAAGCGGCGCGACCUUGAGCAGGAGAUCAAGCGGUCGCUCAAGAGCCAGGACGCAGCCUCUCGACCCGAUAGAGUGCCCAGACAACCCGCCGACCCGAGGGACGGCGUUGCGGAGAUCAUGCUCGCGGCGAGGCAGAGCGAGGACUAUGAAUACGACGAGGAGCUCAUACGGGAGCAGCUCGCGCGCAACUAUGCGUUCUUCGGGGAGGAGGGAAUGACGCGGAUACGCAAAGGUAGCGUCGUUGUGGUCGGGUGCGGCGGCGUAGGGAGCUGGGCGGCCAUCAUGCUCGUAAGAUCGGGCGUCUCUAAAAUACGGCUGGUCGACUUUGACCAGGUGACGCUGUCGUCGCUGAACCGACAUGCGACCGCCGUACUCGCGGACGUCGGCACGCCGAAGGUGCGCUCGAUUGAGCGGGUCAUCAAGCAGAUUGCGCGCUGGGUGCAGGUUGAUGCGCGGGUGGAUAUUUGGCGGAAGGAGCAGGGCGGCGACCUCCUAGAAGGCGCGGACUGGGUCAUAGAUGCAAUCGACAAUAUAUCCACGAAAGUUGACCUCCUCAAGUACUGUCACGACCAUCGAAUAAAGGUCUUCUCCUCCAUGGGCGCCGGCGCGAAAUGCGAUCCAUCGCGCAUCCAAAUCGCGGACAUCUCGCACACGAUGUACGACCCGCUCGCGCGCGCCGUCCGGCAGCGGCUCCGAGUGCAGGGUAUCCCCUCCGGCAUCCCCGUCGUGUACUCUACAGAGGUCCCGGGCGACGUCAAGCUGCUCCCGCUCCCCGACGAGGAGUUCCAGAAGGGUGACGUGAAGGAGCUCGGCGUGUUUGACGACUUCCGCGUGCGGAUUCUCCCCGUUCUCGCCGAUCACGAAUCCCUGCCUAUCAAGGGCCGGAGGAAGCUCCACGACCGGCUCUACCGCGACCUCCUCCACCGCGAGCAGAAGAUCACCGGCCAAGUCAUCAACGCUUGCGGCAUGCUCUUCGACGACAUCCACCGCGGGCGCUCCGUCGUCCCGCCACAUGCCGUGCCAUCGCGCCCCGCCCUCCCGCUAGCACUGGGAAACUGUGUCGCGCUGGAGGACAAGGAUGCAGAUAGGCACGCGAAGGAAUGCUUUGAGGACGGACGAAGACCCGAGGAGGUGUGGGGAGAGGAGUGUGCACGAGUGGUAGAGAGGAGGAAGGAUGAGGUGAGGAGGGCAGAGGAGUGGGUAUUGUAAAUGGCUUCGGGGCGAUGCGAGGAACUCAGUUAUUAUGUCCUCUCUGCGCUAGGUCCUCUGAACCAUCUAGACUUACUUAGUUGUGAGAUUAAUGCCCCCGUGCACGCAGAAUCCAAUUCACUACUCAUUCCGAUUCGACAA